AUGGCUUUUGAUGAAUUCAAAAGAUAUGAGGACGAGGAGAGCCCGUCCCGUCUGCUUCUACAGUUCGGUGAAGAUACCACGGCUCACGGCGUUGGAAAUGUGGUCCGUAAGAAGCAGCUCUUUCAGCGCUUGAUAUGGCUUGGAUUGGUGAUUGGUGCCAUUUGCGCAACAACGUACCAACUGAGUGAGGUCUGCAUUAAAUUUUUUAACUAUCCGUCCGAGGAAAUGACGAGGACAACUUAUGGCCGCACAGAAAUGCCGUCUAUAACUCUUUGUAACAUUAAUCCAAUCUCACCAUCUAAACAGGGUGACGCGCAGCAAAAGCAAAACACAUACAUUGGAGUUCUCACCAUGUUGUCUUAUUUGGAGAAUGCCACAAAACUGAACAGGUCUGAUGCUGCAAACAGUCAUGUUUUUCGGCUACUUUCAGCGACUGGUUUGUACGAACAUGACGAAAACGCCCCGGAUGAGGUUGGUACUUCUUUUCAAGAUUUUGUCAUCGGUUGCACGUUCGAUAUGCAGCCGUGCGGGAUUAACCAGUUUUCAAAGUUUGUCGAUGCACAGUAUUACAAUUGUUACACGUUUAAUGGACUAAACGUGAACGAUAGUUUGGUUUCUAUGUCAACGGGGCCGAGAAAUGGACUCUCGCUUAUCCUGUAUUUGGAGAGCGACAGUGACACUCAGAUUGGAUCCGGUAUUUAUGACAAGCUGUCGAAUACGGGCAAUAGCGCGGGUGCGCGAGUGGUAAUUCAUCCCCCCAAAACAUUUCCGAGCCCCACGGACAUGGGGUUUGAUGUAUCCCCUGGGUUUUCAACUUCAGUGAGCGUACGAGCUGAGAGAAAAGAACUGAAAGGUCUGCCUUACAGUAACUGCUCUGAAGAUAGCUUAACAGCUGGAACAGCCUUUCGAUACACUUCAGAGCACUGCAUGAAAAUUUGUCAGCAACAAUUUGUUAUCGAACGAUGCGGCUGUAUGGCACCAAACCUACCUAAAGUAUCAGAUGAAAUACCAGACAAUAUCACAUACUGCGGCUACCUAUACAGCGACGACUAUGCAGCUUCACUUGAUAAUGUUGAGUGCGAAGACAGCGCCCUGAGAGAAUUUGUAUCCGACUCCAGAAACUCGGAAAAAUGUGAAUGUUAUUCGCCAUGCUCGGAGUUUUCAUACCGCACAGCGCUGUCCCAAUCAUUUUGGCCGUUAGAUUAUUAUGCCAACAGCUUUCUGCUAACCUACGUGUUUAACCACCCUAACUACAGUCACCUUUUGGCGUACAAGAACUUUCAGCAGCUUGGAUAUUCCGACCUUGGCGGAGCCAUUCGCAGAAACUUUCUGCGGCUUAACGUAUAUUUUGAAGAUUUAAGCGUGCAAGAAAACGUUGAAAUAGCAUCUUAUGAGUUUCAAGAUUUUUUCUCUGAUCUUGGAGGUACGUUUGGAUUCUGGAUUGGUGUCUCCAUGCUUACUUUGUGUGAGCUUAUUGAGCUAUUGGUACGAGUGUUUUAUUUUGGUGUUUCUUGGUGUUUUGUGAGAAAAAAGAAACGUUCUCCCGUGAUUCAUGUUAGUGAAGCACCGACAAGAUACCCAAGCGUCUCAGUUAUUGGGUUGAAUUAA